GUAAUGCUCAUAUAGCGAAUCUCUAAAAAGUACCAAGCAAAGUGAAACAAGUAAAAAUAAAGAAAUAACCAUGAACACACGAAGUAGAAAAGCAAAUCAAGAAAAAGUGCAGCGAAAACCUAAUCUAGCGAAGUUUAAAGCACCGGCUAUUAAAAAAGCUAAAAACGAAGAGAACACAGAGCGAAGGUUCAAUGUUACUAAAUUUCCACCGUUCGGUAUCCCCAAACAUGCUUUGACACGAACUCUGGAGAUUGUUAAUGAUCCUAAUGAUGAGUUUUGGCUAAACAAAAACUCAUCGUGUGCGCCGCCAAUUAAUGAUAUUGUUUAUGGCGGUGGUGUCCAGCGAUCGGAAACAUAUAUUAAGUUGAAUUUGGCACGUAAAUGUUUGUUGACGCGUGAUUUUCAUAACUUGGCCAAAUUGUUGACAUCGAACAUCAUCGGCGACACUGUGAUGCAGAAAUCCUCCUUUCCCAUUUUUACAGAUUAUGCAUCAAUCCUACUCACACUAAAGGAUCCCGAACUUUUGCAGAAACUUAAAGCGACAAUAUCGAACUCUAGUACUCAAAGUGCCAAUAAAUCUUUGCAAUUGAAUUCUACGUCUACAGAAAAAGAUAAUACAAUAUCAUAAUACUUUAAAACAUUUCCUUUGACAAAAGCAAGCCUUUAUUAAAAUUUUGACUAUCCCAUAUAGAAUUAAUGCAUUUAGAUCUAAGAAACUACAAAUAUAGACAGGAUUUACCACUGCUUUACUAUUUAAGAAAAUAUAAGUACAAAUAAACAACAGACACACGA